AUGGCAGAAGAUGCGCAGCUUCAAACUCUCCAGCAGCGCAUUGCUGCUUUGAAUGCUGAUCAUCUAGGAAGACUACCGGGGAAGACGACCCAAACGCGGCCCAAGCCUCCAAUACCGGAUCGACGACCUAUACUGAAGCACAAGUCCUUCAACAUACCAAACGAGAACGCCGUCAGCACGAGUUCUGACCCAGCCAACCUACCUAAUGGCCCGCCUCAAAGGCAACCUCCUCCACUGCCUGCAAGGAGGACUAAGCAGGAAGCGGACCAAGAGAUUGGGACAAUAGAAAGAGAUGACAACUGCUCGCGCCCUCAAGCUACAGCUACAAGGACAAAAUCCGAGCAGAACAGUUCUCGCAUCAAGGCCCCAGCGUGGGGACAGUGUGAUCUGCCUACUCUCCUACUAAAGACUGAGCCACUGCAUACUCGCAAAGAGUCGGUUGUCGAGAGGCCGUCCACGGCUAGGACACCUUCUGUUUCCAGUCUAGCUAGCACUACAACAACAGCAGCGUCAAGUAUUUCUCACUCGACGAUUCCACCUCCUUUGCCUUCGCGCAAAAGCACAGAUAGCACAUCGGUGAGCGCAGCACGCAGGCUACCACCACUUGCCACGGCAAAGGAUUUGGACAGAGUUCGCAAAGCAUCAUUCGCGAAUGUCGAAACCGUAGAGCUUGCUGAGUCACCACCUCCACUUCCUGUCAGAAGGCCUUCUCGAAUACCAGCUGAACAGGCAGUUCACGGGCUGGAAGGUGUCGAUCCGCCCAAAAAACCUCCACCAGUACCUCGAGCGUCGCGUCCUGAUCUCGCUGCUAUUCAGGCCACGAAGCCCAAGCUUAAUUCAAGUGUACAGGCUCUCACCCCAGCUGCUACUGCCACAGGUUGUAUGUCCUGA